AUGGCGGCACUCACAGACUUCUCUUUUAUGUAUCGUUGGUUCAAGAACUGUAAUCUGGUUCGCAAUCUGUCAGAGAAGUAUGUCUUCAUCACUGGCUGUGACUCGGGCUUUGGGAACCUGCUGGCUAAACAGCUGGUUGAUCGGGGCAUGCGAGUGCUGGCAGCUUGUUUAACUGAGGAGGGAGCUCAGAAACUUCAGCAGGAUACUUCCUACCAGCUACAGACCAUCAUCCUGGACGUCACCAACACCGAGAACGUCAAGGCAGUGGCCCAGUGGGUGAGGGACCAAGUGGGCGAACAAGGCCUCUGGGCCCUAGUGAAUAAUGCUGGUUUGGGCCUGCCCAGUGGUCCCAACGAAUGGCUGACCAAAGAAGACUUCGUAAAGGUGAUCAAUGUGAAUCUGGUGGGACUCAUCGAUGUCACCCUUCACCUGCUGCCUCUCAUCAAGAAAGCCCGGGGCAGAGUGGUCAAUAUGUCCAGCUCUGGUGGUCGUGUAGCUCUCAUUGGUGGUGGCUACUGUGUCUCCAAGUUUGGUGUCGAGGCCUUCUCUGACAGCAUCAGACGUGAGCUCCAUUUCUUUGGGGUGAAGGUGAGCAUCAUUGAGCCAGGGAACUAUCGGACGUCCAUCCUGGGGACGGAGGGCAUGGAAUCACGCAUGCAGAAGCUCUGGGAUCGGCUGCCUCAGGAGACCCGGGACAGCUAUGGAGAGGAGUAUUUCCAUGCCUACACUGACAACUUAAAAACCUUUGCCCGUCAGUCAGAACCGAGAAUCAGCGAUGUCACCAACAGCAUUGAGCACGCCAUCGUUUCCCGGAGUCCCCGCAUCCGCUACAACCCUGGCCUGGAUGUCAAACUCCUCUACCUCCCACUAGCUAAACUGCCCACUUGUGUGACAGAUUUCUUCCUCACCAGAUACCUACCAAGGCCAGCGGACAGUAUCUGA